AUGUCCAUCCCAACCGAUCGCACGUACUCCGAAACCCACGAAUGGCUCAAGGUCGAGGGCGAUGUCCUGACCAUCGGUCUGACUUCCUAUGCGGUCGAUCAGCUCACAGAUGUGACCUUCGCGGAGAUGCAGCCCGUCGGAACAGAGAUCGGAGCGGGCGACUCGAUCGGUGAGGUCGAAUCGGUCAAGACCUCGUCGGAUGUGUACUCGCCCGUGGGUGGUGAGAUCAUCGAGGUCAACGACGAGGUGGAGUCCUCUCCGGAGAUUCUCAACUCCGAUCCAUUCGAAGCGGGAUGGCUCGUGAAGAUCAAGAUCAGCGAUCAGGGAUCGCUUGGUGAUGCGAUGGACGCUGAGGCGUAUUCCGCGUCGAUUGCGUGA